CAUUGUUAAUUUUUAUAGUUUUUUAUAAAUUUAACAUAACCAAAUAUGUCUGAUGACAUCAAGAAAUAUUUCAAUGGACUGCUGCACAAAGUCAGCGGUCUGUACGUUAUACAGAUAACAGAUCGAGAUGGUGUGCCCUUGUUGCGAGUCUGCCACAAUCAGAAGAAUGUGGAUUUUGCGCUGAUGCCCUCGUUUAUACCCACUUUUACGGCUGCCUGUGAUCAGGCAAGCAAAUUUGGGCUGGGACGCAAUAAGACAAUUAUAUCCAUGUAUUCACAGUAUCAAGUUGUGCAAAUGAACAAGCUGCCGCUGAUCUUAACCUUUGUGGGCGCUGAGGAUUGCAAUACGGGACACAUUCUGGCUCUGGAGAGUCAGGUUGAUAGCUACCUGGAGGACAUUAUUUUAGCAGUCCAGGAGCCAUAAGAACAAGUCUACUUUUGUUGAAUUCGUUUUUUUCCAUAUGAAUAUAGUUUAAUAAUAUGUAUAUUUAAAAA